UUUAUUAUCAGUUGAGUUCAUAGUGCAAGCCUUGUCUGUGUUCACAUCCAUGUGAGUGUUUGUAGUCUUGACACAGUUAUUAAAGCCAUUAUGUUAUAACUGAAGAAUGCAUUCCCAGAGAAUGAACAUGAGUCGGGGCAGGGCUGGGUCGGCAUCGGGGGCCGGGCUCGCUGAAAGAGGGACAGACAGAGAGGAGCACAAGGAGAGAAGGACGGCGAGAGAAACACACCAGGAGAAACGCACUGAGGACUGGACACUUUGGCUGAGACUCUUCUGGGAAACACAGGGCUACGAUGUUCCGUGAGUCAAGGACAGAGAGACAACCAUCUUCUUCUCUUGUGUAGAGAAACAUCUCGGCUAACAUCUGGGACCUUGGCUGGACACACACCUGGUGCGUACUUCUGAAAUCCAUCUAUUUUUCCAUUGUAGUGUUAAUUCCAAACACCCAGUGCGAAACUGCAAGCUGCAGCGAAACGGUCUAAAGGCUCUGGGCUGUGGAGCAAAUCCAGCGAUUAAUGUUAACGAAAUGUUACUGAAGCUGAGGACAGGAGCUCUGUCCUCUCACCGCUGCCUUCUCUUGGCACAAAGUGCACAAGAGUGAGAGCUGGGCACCAUUUUUAUAUGACAAGUACAGUUUGAUACUGUUUGAUUCCAACUGGUACAAUUUUUACAUGACUGAGAGAGUUUGUUACAAUUUCUACUCGACCAGUUUUUACAUGACAAUCUGAUACUAUUUAACGUGACAGUUUGCUACAGUUUUUCUAACACCGAUACAGCGUGAUACACUUUCAAACUUUGUUGUUAAGGUAGCGUAGAUGUUGAGUGUUUCAUAGUCAGCACUGAUGGGCUUCAAAUGUAUGUAAAUGAGCUUCUUUAUUUACUUUGUUUCUCUGUUCUUGAUUAAUUCAUUGACCAUUUAAAACUUUCAGUCCUAUCCAGUCUUACCCUGAAAUUCCAGGUUAAUGUGAGUUGGGUGUCUCAUCCUGUCUUCGCUCACUGCGGCAGUCGUUUAAUCCCUGCAGGACACGUCCCUUAGAUGCCAUGUGACUUAUAGUGAAGCCUCUUGCAGAACCGUUCAGUACCGUAGUGAGCAACAUGUUUUACUCCCUCAUGAACAACAUAUGCAGUGCUGAGUUCUGCAUAUUCUCAUAACUGACUGAGGUCACGAGCAAGACGCCUCCUGUGGUGUUGCACGUUCACUAGAGCUCAUGGCGGAAAGAUAGCUCUUCUGAUCUCCUCCUUCUGCAAAACCUCAGGCCACAGCUCUUCUCUCCACCUCCCACCUCUAGACCCUUGGCCAUCAUCCCCCUCGCUCUCCAAAGUGCCGGCAUGAUGUUGUUCUCUCCCUCCUUCCACCUCAGAAUGUGGAUUUAGCAGCUGUUCCUUCCCUUUGCAUGGUACCACGCUGUCGCUGUUCUCUCUCCCUCCCCCUGCAGACCUCAGGAUGUGGCUGCUGAUGGCUGCUCUGGGGAUCAGUCUGUGUCAGAGCGCUGGUGGACAGCUGGCUGAGACCAGGUUCAGAGUGGGGGCGCCACGGCUCAUCUGCAGCGUACCAGGGUUACCAGGGACUCCAGGCAAGCCAGGACCCAGCGGGACCCCAGGGCCUCAGGGGGACAUUGGCCUCCCAGGUCGGGAUGGGAGGGACGGCAGGAAGGGAGAGAAGGGGGAAAAGGGGGACCCAGGUGUGAAGGGAAGAGUGGGCGCCACCGGUAAAGCAGGAGAACGUGGCAGUCGAGGCCCUGAGGGAAAGAGGGGCCCAGCAGGAACCGGUGGGGACAAGGGACCGCCGGGCCUCAGAGGGCCCCCAGGGCAGAAGGGGGACAAGGGUCAACGGGGCAGCCAGGGGAAGCCGGGCAUCUGCCGGUGCGGAAGCCUGGUUCCUAAGGUAGCUUUCUCUGUGGGCAUCACCACCAGCUACCCACCUGAGCGGUCACCCAUCCGCUUCAACAAGGUGCUCUUCAACGAGGGCAAGCACUACAACCCUCAGACGGGCAAGUUCAUCUGCGCAUACCCAGGGGUCUACUACUUCUCUUAUGACAUCACGUUGGCCAACAAACACCUCGCCAUCAGCCUUGUACACAACGGCAAUUACCGCAUCAAGACGUAUGAUGCCAACACGGGGAACCAUGACGUGGCCUCCGGAUCUACUGUUGUGUACCUCAAUCCGGAGGAUGAGGUGUGGCUGGAGAUCUUCUACACGGACCAGAAUGGCCUGUUUGCUGACCCGGGCUGGGCUGACAGCCUCUUCUCUGGGUUCCUGCUCUAUGCUGACACCAAUUACCUGGACACACUGGCAGAGGAUUACGCGUAGUGACUUUCUUUGGCUCUAGACAUGGGUGGAGGUCAAGACUUGUGUUUGGGUUAAGACUUGGGUUGGGGGCACCAGUUGUUUUGGACAGGGAUUUGGGAUGGGUUAUAGUUCAUGUUUGGAUCAGGAUAGGGGUUUGGGUCAGUACUUGGGGUUGAUGCCAGGAGUUGGUUUGGGUGAGGAUUUUAGGUCUGGUGAAACUUUGGGUUUCUUUCAGGACUCGGUCUGGGUAAGGACUUGGGUUGAGUCCUUUUUCAGGUCUGGGUCUGGGAUUGAGUUGAGGCCAAAGGUUUGUUUGGAUAAUGUCUUGGGUUACGUCAGAAUUUAGGUUGGUCAGCAGUUGGGUCAUGCUCAGGAGUUGGUUUGAGUAAGUACAUGAGCUUGGUCAGGAUUUAGAUUCAGAUCAAGAGCUGGGUGUGGGAUACAGCUUGGUUUGUGUGAGGAGGUGGGUUGGGUCUGGAGUCUGGGCAAUUGCUGCUUUGUUUGUAGGAAGAAACUCUAGAGUACCUAAAAUACAGCAGAGCAUUGGGAUCACCUAAGAUCACUGAAGAUCUGCUAAACUACAGCUAUUUACCAUGCUACUCUUGAAAUUAACUCUGCCUGAGAGUUGGGAUGACAAAAAAAGUGUGGUGUUACCCGUCUCCUGUCCGUAGCCUGUGUUUUUGCCACCAAGUUGAGGUUUAUUCCAAAUCUUACUUCCCUGCUGUACAUAUAAACUAUUGAAGGCAAGAUGAACAACGAUAUUCUACGUUUGUUUGUUUUAAAGCUCAGAUUGUUGUUUUGCAGCAAAACCCAUACAGAUGAAAAGCUGUCAAAGUCAAAGUCAACUUUGUUGUCAUUCCCACAAUAUGUUCAGAACAUACAGUACUGUGGGA